AUGUCUGGAAUGGACCAAUCUCACACCACCGGCGGCUCCAAGGUCCCCGAGACCGUUCAGCAGAACGCCCCCAAGGAGGUCGAGAACGCCCUCCCCAACAAGGUGCACGAUACCGGCUCCCAGUCGCAGAGCCACGCCACUGGCCCCUCUAUGGUUCCUGAGGCCAUCCAGAAUGUCGCCCCCAAGGGCCUCGAGGAGGCUCUCCCUGAGAGCAUCCACCCCACCAACCCCAAGUAA